UCCAUCACGUUCUGUAUGACACUUAGUUCAUAUUUUCCGAGCUCUAAUAUCAUUUGUGGCAACGAACUCUCACCAUCAAGGAUGUAUCCUUCAAGUUUUAAGAGAAUGAGGUUAGCCGAACAAAUCAUGGAUUUCACCGACCCCUUUGCGGUAGCCAGACAUAUUGAUGAGUUGAAUGAGGAGAAGUAUGGGAGUGCCACUAAAGAAUAUGAAGAAGUUCAUGCUUGGAGAAUGAAAUUUAUAAAUCUUUUACCUCCCUAUCUUAUCAAGCCUUGUUCCAAUUCAGAGCAUCAGUCAUUGCAAAUCUCUCUAAGUUCUAAUUCUCAGCCCUCUGGUUUAUGCAAAAAAGUAGAUUUGGUGCAAAAUGGUAACAAAUCAUUGGUCGGGGAUGUUAUUGAAUUGGAUAGUGAUUCUGAUGCUGAUGGUGUGAAUCCUACCUUCACCCAGUCUUAUCAAUACGAGAAGCCAAUUUUUACGCCAGUUGUUGUAAGACAGCCACCUUCUAUUCAGUAUGAGAAGGUUUCUUUUGGAGAAAAAGUUGAAGUCCAGAUCAACAAAAGUCCUAAGAGCCAACUUCUCACAUUCCAAGAUAACAAGGAUCUAGCUUCUCUUUCUAGUCCAACAAAAAAGCAGAAAAGGAUGAAAAAAAAUAGAAAAGAGAAAAAGGAGAAAAAAGAGAAAGAUGUUGAAAAAGAGAAAAAACUCGAUGUCAGUACAACACCCUCAAUUCCAUUGUUGAGUAGUGCUGAUCAUUCACCGCAAAUGUUGCAUCAAAAUCAAGAUGAUGUGGAAGUAACAGAGAGUGAUGGCUUAGAGGAUCUUUGGAAUGACAUGUCUUUAGCUAUUGAAUUUUCGAAGGAUGUUGAACCAUCGGCUCCUGUUGAGAAGGAAGAGGAGUGCUGCCAUUCUUUCAUUCUCAAGGAUGACCUGGGAAUUGUUUGCAGAGUAUGUGGAGUCGUUCAUAAGAGCAUUGAGACGAUUUUUGAUUUCCAAUGGGCAAAGACCACCCGAGAUGCGAGGUACUACGGGUCUGGAACGCGAAAACAUGAAGAUAUGGAUGAAGCAGUUGAUGCUUCUAAUCCAAACUAUCCUGAAGAAGACACCGCCACCGAUCUUGGCAUCGAUCCGCAGCAUCGGAAACUGAUGAAACCACAUCAAAUUGAGGGUUUCAGGUUCCUUGUCAAAAACCUAAUGGUCGAAAAACCGGGCGGAUGCAUCCUCGCUCACGCCCCUGGAUCUGGAAAAACCUUCAUGCUUAUAAGCUUUAUGCAGAGCUUUAUCACUCAGAAACCCAACAAAAGACCCUUAGUUGUUCUUCCUAAGGGAAUCUUAGCCACAUGGAAAAGAGAGUUCCAGCUUUGGCAGUCUGAAGACAUACCAUUAUUCGAUUUUUAUUCCUCUAAAGCAGAUCAUAGAUCACAGCAGCUGGAUAUCUUGAAGAACUGGGAGCAAAGCAGAGGCAUCUUAUUUUUGGGCUACAAGCAGUUCACUAACAUUGUUAGCAGCACAUCCACUGAAAAGAUUGAUGCUUUAUGUCGCGAAAAAUUGCUUAUGGUUCCGGGCCUCGUAAUUCUAGAUGAGGGACACACCCCAAGGAAUAACAACACCGCUCUCGUCCAAUCACUUUCGAGGAUCAAGACCCCUCGAAAGGUAGUACUUUCAGGCACACUUUUCCAAAAUCAUGUUAAGGAAGUCUUCAAUAUUCUCAAGCUCGUUCGUCCCAAAUUCAUGAAGGAGGAGUCGUCUCGGAAUGUCAUGAAGCGAAUCCUAAGCAGCGUAGAGAUAUCUGCUGGUAGGCGCCCGACAAAGGGUUGCAGGGAGUCCGCUUUCUGCGAUCUCAUCCACGAAACUCUUCAAAAUGAUGAUAAUCGUUUACGAAAAAAUUUAGUAAUUAAGGACCUGAGAGAAAUGACCCACAAUGUUCUUCACUACUACAAAGGUGAUUUCUUGGAUGAACUUCCUGGAUUGGUUGACUUCACCGUAUUCCUGAAACUAACUUCUAAGCAAAAAAAUAUCAUGACUAAACUUCACAAACUCGAUAUUUUCAAGGGAAACUCUGUGGGUAGUGCGGUAUAUUUGCAUCCAUGCUUGAAGGAGGUUGCUGAAAGUUUUGAUGGCGAUAAAACUGAGUCAUUAAGUAAUGAUAAAGUUGAUGGUUUAAUAGGAUCAUUAAACGUGAGGGAUGGAGUGAAGACCAAGUUUUUUCUUCGUGUUCUUUCCUUAUCCGAAUCUGCCGGGGAGAGACUCCUUGUAUUUAGUCGGUACAUUCUCCCUCUGAAAUUCUUGGAAAGAUUGGUUAUUCAAAAGAAGGGCUGGCGCUUGGGGAAGGAAGUUUUUAUGAUUUCAGGCGAUUCUAACCCCGAGGAUAGGGAAUGGUCUAUGGAACAAUUCAAUAAUUCAGCAGAUGCCCGAGUUCUUUUUGGUUCUAUAAAGGCCUGUGGAGAGGGCAUUUCGUUAAUCGGAGCGUCCAGGAUAUUAAUCCUAGAUGUGCAUCUCAAUCCUUCCGUCACUCGUCAGGCAAUUGGUCGAGCUUUUCGACCCGGCCAACAGAGGAAGGUGUAUACCUACAGGCUGGUGGCCGCGGAUAGCCCGGAGGAGGAGCACCAUAGUACAUCCUUCAAGAAGGAGGUUAUUUCAAAGCUGUGGUUUGAGUACAACGAUUACGGUAGUCACCAGGAGAUUGAUCUUCAUGAGGUUGAACUUACAGAUGCUGAAGAUAUUUUCCUUGAAAAUCCCGCUUUAAUUGAAGAUAUCAAAUGUCUGUACAAAAGGUGAUUCUCUAUGCUUAAUAAAGAUGUCAUAUUUUGGAGAAGCAACUUAUUAGUUGGGGAUUGCUUGUAUAUGUGAUACUUUUGCUUCUGGCAUCUGGUAACUCUUGUUCACUACCAUCAGAUCUCUUGAUAGUCGUUAUAUCUUAGCAGGCGGUUGUGAGAACCGGCACUUUUCGAUCUUUUUACGUGCGCUACUUUAGUGAGUUCUACGCUGUAGCGCACUGUCUUGUAAGUCUACAGUUCAAAACAUAAACAUGCUGUUGUAGGCCUAUUAUGAAUCCUUAGAACAUCAUUUCAAUGCAUGCUUUGUUAUCUCUUUUA